ACUAUGUCGACAAUUGAAAAUUUCCGUGACAUUCCCAUCCUUGGUUCGUGACUCACCCUGUAUACGAGAUGGAUACUUGGAUGGACGAAGUCGAACCACAGCCAUUUUAUAGUGGCAGUUGCAAGUUCGGAUGAAGCAGAAAAAAUGUUUUCAGGUUCUCCCUUGAAACGUAAAUGCGAGACAUCCGACGAUGAUCAACUACAAUUCAAACGCCGUUUUAUUGAGGAACCACCUGAAACCACCACUCACAUACUCGAUUUCUCCGACUGCGUUUUACUGGAGAUUUUCAAGCACUUGGACGCCACCAGUCUAUAUCAUCUUAGCCUCACAUGCCAUCGUCUCGCUGGUUUGGUAGACGACCAGUCAUUGUGGAUCUCCAUUGAUGGGCGUCUACGUCCCAACAGUACUGAGAAGCUCGAAUUCUGCUGGAGGCACGUUACCGAAAAGACGAAACGUCUAUUGCUCGCGGCCGAAGCACGCAGCCGCUGCAUUCUGUCGCGUAGUCUCGUAUUUUGUCCCGAAAAACUCGCUAACCUAACAGUCUUAUCGCUCGAACACCAGUGUAUUAAAUACUGUAUGUUAAUCGACUUUCCUCAGUCUCUUCAGGAGCUAAGUUUUCGCCAUUCGUUUAUUACUCAGCAUACACACUUUUUCCGUUUCUCUGAGAAGUCCAUGUCGAAUUUAAAGACCUUAAUAAUGGACCACUGCCAGUGGUUCGAGUCGUACAACCUGGUGUCGAUCUGCAAGUACCCGAAACUGGAAAUUCUGUCGUUGUACAUGUGCAAGAGACUCGGCAGCGACGAUAUCGCGAACGUAACCAUCUCCUCGCGUUACGGCUUUAGCAGUCUCAAAGUACUCGACGUACGUUUUACGGGUAUCGGCGAUCAGUUCGCGGACGUGUUCUCUAGUAAGGCCAGCAUUCAGAUUAUGUACUUCCAGUGUCAUCCGACGACGUACUACUCGGACCGUUAUCAGCGUCAGUUGGAUUUGAUGCGGGAGGGGACGAGCGCCGACGAUAACUCGUAUAUGUCCGAUGAUGACGCCCAAGAUAACACGCCCGCGGCGCUGAAGAAGAGAUUUAACGCGGGAAAUUUUCAGAAAUAUGAAACGCACGGCGUGACAAAUAACGGUGUCAUAUCGUUUAAUAAGUUGGAACCGGCGUUGGGUAGUCGGUCACGACCCAAAAGCACCUUGUACAAAUAUCCGUAUACCCGAUGUACUUGUCGCAAUAAAGAGAAAGAUAAAUCUAAAGCAUCAAAUGAAGAACCGGAAUUCCGUGAGUUGCAAGAGAAGCUAGAAAAUGAACAGAAAAAACAAGCACACGUUCGCGAGAACAAGUUGAGCAGUCACGUUUGCCUCUUUUAUCCGAACACAACUUACGUGUGCAGCAACAUCGUGCUCGAUUCCUGCUUCAUUCCGACGUGGUACCACAGGGAAGCUCGCCCCGACUUGCCGUUGCACAACUGGCUAUACGCUCGCGAACCGAAAAACGACUACGAAAUUGCGAUGUACGAGAAUACGGAUAAAUACAUACAGUCUCACAUUACGUACAGGUGUGUUCCGAGAGACUGCAUGUGCGAGAACAGUCAGUUACACUACGCUCAUGACACACCGCCCGAUUUUACACUAGUCCUGGCCGACAGAGUUGACCGAUUUAAAAACUGCGCGGACGUGAAAGACGAAGCGCGUCAGUUUCUCGCGUUCCUUUUCGAAUGUUGCGAUGUGCGGAAUGACGAACUGCUGCAAGAUGAAUCUUUCGUAGACGAGAUCGGCUCGAUUUUACACGAACUGUCCAAAAAAGUAACCUACAACAUGAGACGCGUCUUCAAGUACCACGGCUCUUGCUUCAAUCUUCUAUGGAACGUUUUGAAAAGGAACACAAACAUCGAUCACAAUCUGAGGACCUUUUUUCGCAACUUGUUCCUGAGCGAGUCCGGGGGGCAUUGCGCGCUCAGCGACGAGAUUUUCAAUAAGGCGCCCAAUGUGUGCGAGGUUCCCGACAGCGAAUUGGAGAAGGACAAAACAUUACAAUCGCUUGACACCGGCAAUAGUCGCAUACUGUUAGUUGAUUUACCAUCGGCCGUUGACCGGGUGCGCGAGGUCCCGACGCGUUUCGUGACCGUCAGUCGACGCGAAGGGCCGAUCAAAAAGCAGCCCAGCUUUCUGAAGGAAAUCUCGUUUCGCGGCAGCGUGCUCAUUACCGAUGCCUCUCUGGUGCAUUUGCGCCAUCUCGAGUUGGACCUGUUGGACGUUACGGGCACGAAUAUUACAAGAGAAGGCGUGCAGGAGUUUAUGAAAUGCAAUCCUCAGUGUUGGGUAAUUCACGAGUCGGUGUGUGUUUGUCGUCCUAGUUUACAUUUUUAAGUUUUUACGUGUUCGUUUGGUAGCGUUUUAUUACCAAGUGAGAAAAAUAAAUUUGCAACAUUUAAAUUAA